AUGUUCCCGGAGCCCCCAACCCCAGGGCCUCCAGCGCCCGACACGCCUCCGGACUCGAGUCGCAUCGGCCAGGGCCCUGUACCCCCCUGGGCCCUGGCCACAAUCGUUCUGGUCUCAGCCCUGCUCGUCUUCAGCUGCUGUUUCUGCCUCUACCGGAAGCGUUGUCGGAGGCGGUCGGGCAAGAAGAUUCAGGCCCAAGCCCAGGUCCACCUUCAGGAAGUGAAGGAGCUGGGACGGAGUUACAUAGACAAGGUGCAGCCGGAAGUGGAGGAGCUGGAGCCAGCACCGUCUGGGCCAGGGUCGCAGGUGGCAGAGAAGCACGAGCUAGGACGACUGCAGUACUCACUCGAUUACGAUUUCCAGAGUGGACAGCUGCUGGUGGGCAUCCUGCAAGCCGAGGGCCUGGCAGCCUUGGACCUGGGCGGCUCCUCCGACCCCUAUGUGCGUGUCUACCUGCUGCCAGACAAGCGGCGGCGGCAUGAGACCAAGGUGCAUCGGCAGACGCUCAACCCACACUUUGGGGAGAACUUUGCGUUCAAGGUCCCCUACGUGGAGCUGGGGGGCAGGGUACUGGUCAUGGCGGUGUACGACUUCGACCGCUUCUCCCGCAACGAUGCCAUUGGGGAGGUGCGGAUCCCCAUGAGUUCCGUCGACUUGGGGCGGCCGGUGCUGGCCUGGCGUGAGCUGCAGGCAGCUCCUCGGGAGGAGGAGAAACUAGGUGACAUCUGCUUCUCCCUCCGCUAUGUCCCUACGGCCGGGAAACUCACCGUCAUCGUCCUGGAGGCUAAGAACCUGAAGAAGAUGGACGUAGGGGGGCUCUCCGAUCCAUAUGUCAAGGUCCACCUGCUUCAAGGCGGCAAAAAGGUGCGGAAGAAGAAAACGACCAUCAAGAAGAACACUCUGAACCCCUAUUACAAUGAGGCCUUCAGUUUUGAGGUGCCCUGUGACCAGGUGCAGGAUAAGAGGAAGGAGAAGCCAAUGUAA